AUGCCACAAUUCGGCGCAACCUUCGUUCCUGGAGGGUUCGAUGACUACUACAUGCCCGAGGUCAUUGCACCUGCUCCUCAACGUGUAACGCCUCAGGUCCCUCAGAACAUGCAAAACGACCUUCAGCGCAUGGAACUUGAAGCCCGCGAAGUCUCCCCGAACCGAGCAGCCGUCUCCAGCAACAACAUUACCAACCGACACGGUCGUGAGCCGUCCCUGUCCUCUGUCCUCAAGCCUACCGGUUCUGGUGCGCCCUCGCUGCCGCCGAAAGGAGGAUCCGACACCCAAGCCGGCGCGCCCCCGACCGAUUCCUACAGACCCUUCCACGAGAACAGCGCGAGCGACAACCCUCAUAAGAUGCGGCCCAGCGCGGCGCCCUCGUUCUCUCCUUUCCCCAAGCUCACGGGGGAUAACGUCCCCCCGACAGACGAGGAAAAGGAAACGAUUCUGUGGAACGCUCGCGAGCAUGUCCUGCACUCGAAUAAUGUUUCUAUGCAGCUCUCAUGGGCUCGCGACACCUUGGCUUGGGCUGAGAUUGUCAUGGAUGCCAGAAGCCGAGAUCCAGAGAGCGGCCGCCAAACACCAAACGUAGAGCAUGAGCUGCGCGUCGAUGCAAUCAACAUUGUCAACUACUUGGUGGGCCAGGAACAUCCCGAGGCACUCUUUAUGAAAGCAAAGUGGCUCGAGUUUGGAAAAUUUGGCUGCAGACCUGACAAGAGAGAUGCGUACACAAAGUACCAGCGCGCGGCAGAACUUGGCUACGCGCGUGCCGAGUAUCGUCUGGGCAUGCUGUUCGAGAACUCGAACGACUACAGCAAAGCCGUCGAGCACUACUACCUCGGUCUGCGACUCAAAGACUCGGCCGCUAUGUACCGCUUGGGCAUGAUGAGUCUGCUUGGCCAGCACAACCACCCGAAAGACUACCAGCGAGGUCUAGACCUUAUUCGGGAGGCCGCUGACGCCUCGGACGAGGAUGCGCCGCAAGGGUCGUAUGUUUAUGGAAUGCUCCUCGCCAAGGACCUUCCUGACAUUGACGUUCCGGAGGCUCUGCUCCAGACAGACCUGCACCAGGCCAAGAUGUACAUCGAGAAGGCCGCUUACCUUGGCUUCGCCAAGGCUCAGUUGAAGAUUGGUCAGGCCUACGAGUUAUGCCAGCUCGGGUGCGACUUUAACCCAGCGUACUCGCUGCAUUACUACGGACUGGCCGCACAACAAGGACAGCCCGAGGCUUCGCUCGGUGUGAGCAGAUGGUUCCUGUUUGGAUACGAGGGCAUCUUCAAUAAGAACGAACAGCUGGCCUUCAAGUACGCUCAAGAUGCUGCCAACGCCAAGUUGCCGACUGGAGAGUUUGCCAUGGGAUACUACUACGAGAUUGGUGUUCACGUCCCCAAGGAUCUCCGCCAAGCCAGAUUCUGGUACGAAGCGGCCGCUGACCAUGGCAACAAGGACGCCAGAGGCCGAAUCGAUGCCUUGGAUCACGAGAAGAGUCUGACCAAGGCCGACCACGAGACUACGACGCUGACGAGAAUCAAGUCGCAGCAUGGUUCUCAGCGAGGCAAGAGGCCCGAUCGCUUCAAGCAGCCGAAUACCAUGCCGACUGUUUCCGAGAGCGCGCCGGUUACCCCGACCGAUGCCCACCCCGGCUAUCCGUCUACAUCGGCCAAGACAUCUCCUCACCCGUCGCCCAGAGUCCACCCUACUUCGGCGCCGCACGACAGCGUUGACUACCCUGACCCGUCACGGCCCAAUAGCAUGGGCAACAGGCCGGCCGCAUUCACCGUGAACCUUGACUCCAACCUUGCAAUCCGGCCCAAGUCGGCUGCACCAUACCCAGAGGACGACCGCCCUGCUCCCCUCAACCUGAACAGACCGAAAUCGACAGCACCGUAUCCCGAAGAUGAGAUGCACCACGGCGGCGGCGGCGGCGGCGGCGGUAGAGGCGCUGGACCUCAGCUCUCCCCUCACUACGGUGGUGGUCGUCCCGUCUCUGGUCCGCACUCUGAUCGCCCCGGCAGCGCGUUUGGCAUUCGCACCGGUCCCGGUGGUCCUCCGGGACCUGCAGGCAACAUUCGCGCUUCACAGUCGAUGGGCAACAUGAUCCCGCCGGCCGGUUCGGACCCUCGCGGUCGCGUGCCUGUCGGAGGACCUGCAGGAUAUCGCCAGCCGAGCCCUGGUCCAGCAGCGCGACCACCCGGCCAACCCUACCCAGCGGCAGGCGGUCUUCCUCCCAAUCCAGCCGCGAACAGGCCGCCCAAGCAAAGCCCGUACCCCAACCCGCAACAGGGAAGCUAUGGCCCAAGCGACUACGGCCAGCCCACGCCGCCGCCUGCGCAAGCUGGCAACUUUGGUCAGCGAACAUCAUCCAUUCCCCCUGAAGCUCAGUAUGGAUACGGCAGAGGUGCGGCACCUCAUCGGGUUGACUCGAUGCCGCUUAGCCCUUCAGGCAACCCGCGUCCUGGCCCUGGACCGGCGGGCCAGCCCCGGCCUUUUCCCAAUCGACCAGACCUUGCCGAUCAGCCAGGUCGAACGGGCAGUGCGCCACCCUCAUCUCAGCCGCGUCCGCAGCAGCAACCCAGCCCUGCUCCUAGUGCUCAGACUAUGCCCCCUCCCAAGAAGCAAGCGACAGGCCAGGGACCUGCCACCUUCGAGGCGAUGGGCAUUCCUAAGGGGAAGGAUGAGUCUGACUGCAUCGUGAUGUAA